AAAAAUUAAAAUAAAAAAGAGGAUUACAUUUCACUCAGCAUGAGAACAACUAAUCCCUGCAAAGGAAAUCUUUAUCUUACCCCGAAAAUCAGAUUGUCCUGGUAGCUGCAAUUUAAACAGAAUUGAAGAAUUCCUUUGGACGAAAUGGAAGGACGGGGAGACGGCCGGUGCUUCGGUUACCGUAUUCCGCUGGAUUUGGGACGAGGGGAACCGAAUUUAAGAUUUCGCCGAUUCUGCAUUUCCUUGCACAGCAACGAGAUUUCGUUCAUAAUCGCGGCCGUGCCGAGGCACCCCAACGACGUCGACAACAACGACGACGACGAUGAGGGCAAUUUCGAAGACGACGAGGCCAACGCCGAAGACGACGACCGCCAGGUCAACAUCGAAGACAACGACGGGGAGAACGAUAUCGGAGACGGCGGCGACGGCGCCGAAAACAACGAAGACAGCCAAAAUGAAGACAGCGACAGCGAUUUUGUACUUGACGAUAAUGACGAAAUGGACUUCUUUAACGACCUGAACGACCAGUAUGCGUGGAUCCGCUUCAUUUGGCAGGUCUGGCCAUUUUCAUGUGGCAACAUAUUUGACGAAAUUGUCUUUGAAUUCCAGGGAAUACGUGAGGAAGAUUUGUCUUUUCAAGACUAUGAUAUUAUCCAAGGGAAUGCAGAGGAUAAUGACAAUAACGCCAACGAGCUAAAUAACGAAGAGAGCGACAACGCUGAUGUUGAGGAAGUAGCCAAUCAGGACCAAGCCGAAGUUGGCGCCGACCAAGCUUCGGCGCAAGCCGAUGAGCACCCUUUGCCGUUGCCUUUGCCUUUGCCGACCUUAGCAAACGUCAGAUCCAAAGUUGAGGAAAUCGACGAGGAAGCGUUCCGAUGGUGGCACGAGUUCGAUUACAACUUUUCCGAGUGUACUGGAAUAGACGCCGACGAAGACGACCCUCCGCCCGCGAAGUGCGAGAAAAAGUCCAGAGAUAACGCACAGGACGUUAAGAGGGAGAAGAACUCGGCACCUGAGCCGGAUCAGGACGUCGGGAACAGCGAUUUGGUUGAGGAGGGGGAGGCUUCGGAGGAAGGCGAGUUGGUCUUGUGCGUGAGUGAAACGGAAGCAGAGGUAGAACCGCUACCGGGACCAUCCAGGAAGAGGUCAAGGGACGAAGCCGGACUCGACAAAGACGCACGAAGUAACAAACGUUCCUGUCAACGUUCGGAUUCCGACGUUAAGACUUCCGACGGCGGUGCCGAAGACACUGUUUCUUGUGGAGCUACAAAAACAUCGUGAGAUUAAGCGCGGAGCAAAACCUCCACAGUCCUAGGUCCUCAGAACAGGAACGGAGUACAAUUUGUAAAAAUCAGUUUCUUGGAUACUUGCCUCCCCAACG